AUGGAUGAGGAGCAGAUCUUCCGUGCUGUUAAGGACAUGGUAGUGAGGCAUCAGGGCGAGAUGCAUGAAAACAAGGUCUACUCUGUGAGCGGCGGGGGAACGGGAGAAGUAGACAAAGCAGCGCUGAAGAGAAGGUUUGGACAAGGAGAUUGGAGCAUUCCAUACACCGAAAUAAUGGUGAGGGUGCAGGACGGUGUGGAGAUAGUUGUGCAGAAUAGCCCGAUGUACAUCUAUGGAGAAUACAUCAAGAUGGAUAGAAACAUGACGCAGACGCCGUUGACCGUGGGUGGACGGCUCAAAUGUAACAGAAGUGUGUCAGACUUCAAGAUCCAGAUCAAGGAAUUCUUCUCGGCGGACGAUGUUGUCUUUAUUCCUGCAGGAAGAGAGGACUUUGAUGUCCGGAUGGUCGAGGGAAGGCCCUUUCUACUUACUGUAAAGAAUCCUCGAAGAAAUCUUGGGUUCGAGAGGCUGAGGCUGACUCUCUACGGCGGGCUUGACAUAAAGAACCUCUGCGUGGUGAGGAAAGAGUGCAAAGACAUGAUUUUCAAGGGAGAAGGCCAGUCAAGCAAGAUAUAUUCUGCAUUUCUAUGCUGUAGAAGGCCACUUGUCCUGCAGAAGAACUACAAGGUAAGGCAGAGGACCCCUCUAAGGGUUCUGCACAGGAGAGCCAAUCUAACCAGGAUAAAGGAAGUCUGCAUUCUCGGGCAUGAGAAGAUGGAGGCCGAUGGGUGGAUCUACUACCGGGUUGUGCUUGAGGCUAGUGCAGGAACCUACAUCAAGGAGUUUGUGCAUGGAGACCUUGGAAGGACAGCUCCGUCGCUGAGCAGCAAGGAGAACUACUGUGAUCUGCUUGAGUUGGAUGUUCUAAGGGUGAAGAAGAGGAGCAUAGAGGACCUUGUGACAAGGAGGAUCGAGCUAGAAGUCGACAGGUAG